GUCAUACAUAGUUUUAACUUUAUUACCAACUUCAAUUGCAUGGCCAGUGCGGACGAGAUCAUUUGUAAUGGGCACGUUAUAACGCUGCCCACGCUGGAGGUGGUCAAAGCAGUUCCUAUCAUGGCGGCUGGCACUAACAUCGACUGGCUGUUGCAUCUCUACUAUGCGCGCCGUGAUUUCAUUCGUUGCCGCGUCAUCAUCGAACGGGAGCUGUAUAGGAGUUUAAAUCCCGAGUAUUUGUAUUUUGUGAAGGGCUUAAUUGACCGUGAAGAGGGCAACAACAUUGAGGCACUGCGCAAUCUGCAAAAGGCACUCGACUUGAAUUCGAAAAAUAUCGAAACUUACAAGGAGAUUGGCAAAACGCUCUUCAUUAUGGGCCGCUUCAAUCAGGCAUUGAGUGUCUUUCGCGAAGCUGAAGAGCUCUCACCACGCCAGGAUCAUGAAAUUUGCCAUUUUAUUGGCGAACUGUUGCAUCGUUCAGCAGCUGCUUGCAAUCAGCUAACGCUCGCACAUCAGGAGGAGGCCGAGGCGAAGGUAUACUUCGAGAAAGCAGUGCAGUCUGGCAAAAAAUUGGAAAGCUUUCAACGACUAGCCGAAAUACUGCGCAAGGAGAAGGACUAUGGCAAGGCAAUCGAGGUGCUCGAGAAUUGUUUGCUUUUAUCGCCUGAAAAUAUUGAAGUUCUUACCGAAAUUGGUGUGCUUUAUUUGAAAAUUAAUGACACACAAAAAGCUUUCGAUCGACUGUCCGAAGUAAUCAAUUUGGAUAAGAAGUGUCCGAGAGGACUUUUGGCUUACGGUGCUAUACUACAGUCACGCAAUGAUGUCGAUGGAGCCUUGGGAAAAUAUCAAGAAAUCGCUAUUACAGAACCGGACAUCCCAGAGUUGUGGAAUAAUAUUGGAUUGUGUUUCUUCAAACAGAAACAACAGAAGAUUAUAGCGGCAAUCUCGUCACUGCGUAAAUCCAUUUGGUUUUCACCGCUUAAUUAUAAUGCCCUCUACAAUUUGAGUUUGAUUUAUAUAACUGCGCAACAAUACGCGAGUGCCUUUCAUACGCUUGCUGCGGCCAUCAACUUGCGCAAGGACAGCGCCGAAUGCUACAUGCUGCUCGGAAUAUGUUUACGUAAGCUGGAGGAUGGUGAGAAUGCAUUUAAGGCUUUUCAACGUUCCAACGAAAUACAACUACAACAGGAUGCCGGACGUAAUCCACUUGUGCACUUAAACUUUGCGCUCUUCUGCUAUGAGACCGGACGCAUUGCGCUGGCAACGGAGCAAUUUACACGCUUUGUUAGCUCUUCGCAGGAUCUUCUGCUGCCGACCGAAUAUAAAUUCCAAGCGACCAAAUUGAAAUCGCUACUUAAGAUUUCAACCGGUAAUAUUUUGACAUCAACACCAACCGGACCUGCAAGUGACACCAAUUUUCAACCAACUGAGGAAAAUAACAACAACAACAACAUCAAUAGCAUCGACGAUAUCUACGGUAUUUAUGGUGUAAAACGUGAAGCAGCAGGCAACAGAAAAGAAUUAAACGACCGGAAAGUAAGAGCAUUGGCAACAGCUGCCCUAGCGGCUGCCCCCACUACACCCAUUUCGACAGAAAUGCCACUUGAAGUGAAUGCCGUGGUCAAUGCCUGACGACAUGAGUGACA